AUGUUGAAUAUGGAAGAGAGUAGAAAGUUCUGCGAUAAAAGGAGUAACUGCUUUGUCAAAUUCGACUGCUACGGAAACGGAUCAUCAAUCGGAGCAGUUCCGGUGAAAAAUUGUGUGCGAAACGAGUUUGUUCAUCCGUCGAACACUUGCGACAAAAGUCGCCUAGAUUCAGCGCAAUUUUGUCAUAAUACGGAUCCGAUGUUGCACUCCUUUGCUUUUACCAACCAUUGCCCUGUGUCACAUGUACCCAAGGGAUACGAACAAGCACGCAAGCAAGAAUGCUGCGAACGAAAACGUCACCAAACUCCCGAAAAAACUGUGAGAUGUUACGUUGCCGAUUUCAGUUCAAUCGAGGAGUACGAAUUAUAUAUACGAAUCCAUACGAAGGGCGUGCUCACACCGGACCGAAAUCGAAAAUACCGACACAUGAUCAAAUACAGAUUGCCAGAAAAGUGUUGCGCUUAUCUGUGA